CGUUACUGGCAUUCUGACCUGUAGAUCAAUAAGGAUAUGAUGUUACUCCAUGCUAUACUAAUGGUAAUUUACGUUGUUCAAAUAUACACUCAUCCAAACAAAAAGUGAAAAUCUCCAACUACUUUGUGUUGUUGUAAUCUCUCAGUCUGUUAUUGUUCAGUAAUUUUCCCGUAGUCUGUUUAAUCUUCUCUCUGUUUGUAUAAUAUUAGCGUUACACCUGUGUUAAGAAUUUCAAUUGGCGCCACAGUUAAAUUUGCAGCUUAGCACGCUGAUUGCAGGCAGUGACAAUGGUCAGGCUUAACGUGCUCGCUGAUGCUUUGAAAUCCAUUUGCAAUGCAGAGAGGCGCAAAAAGCGUCAGGUCUUAAUCCGACCAUCAUCCAAAGUCAUAGUACGCUUCUUAAGAGUGAUGCAGAGGAAAGGUUACAUCGGAGAAUUCGAAAUCGUCGAUGACCAUCGUUCUGGGAAGAUUGUUGUACAGCUCAAUGGACGUCUCAACAAAUGUGGUGUAAUUAGUCCUCGAUUCGACAUGGGUGUCCGUGACACUGAAAGAUGGACAAGAAAUUUGCUUCCUUCUCGUCAAUUCGGGAUACAGGCCUUCGGUUCCGAAGUUAGGGUUGGUCAAAUCGAAACCUGGAAUCAAUUCAUGAAGUCUUUAACUGUUGUUUUGGGCCAUAGAAGCAAGUGUGGGCUGCCUGGCGGGAGUGCUAUAGAGAAGCUAAGAAUCAAUGACUUGCAACUUAUAGUGAUACGGUUCAAAACCGUUCUCAGUGGUGCAGAAGCAUUCACUGUUUGUAAUUUCCACACAAUAUUCUAUGUUACUUCUAUUCUUUCUCCCCUACAUUUCUGCUUACUGUAGUUCUUUUGAAUUUUUCAAUGGCAUGGUUAUUGAAUAAAGAAUAUUCUUUUCGAUAGCUUCAUCAUCGGGUUGUGCAGUGAGUGAAUUAAUAUUAUUAACAACAUUAGAGUUGUUUAAAUAACAUCGAAUCAAUA